AUGGCUGCUGAGGUCGCAAAGCGUUUGGGUCCUGACUGUCGAGCAUUAAAACUGAAUGGACGCGUGGGCUUUGAUUGUCUGCCGGAUCAACUUGUUGAAAAGUCGAUUAACCAAGGCUUCGUUUUCAAUAUUCUUUGUGUGGGAGAAACUGGCUUAGGAAAGUCAACAUUAAUUGAGACACUUUUUAAUCAAAAGUUCGAUUCCACUCCCGCCUCUCAUGAUUUGACAGAAGUCAAGUUGAAGUCAUCAACAUAUGAUCUCAAGGAAUCGAACGUAAAACUCAAACUUACUGUAACGGAAACUGUGGGUUUUGGUGACCAGAUAAACAAAUCGAACUGUGUGGACAGUGUAGUAGAAUUCCUUGAUGCCCAGCACGAAAGUUACCUACAGGAAGAGCUUAAAAUCAAGCGCGCAAUGCAUAAUUACCACGACACGCGAGUGCAUGUAUGCUUGUAUUUCAUCGCUCCUACGGGUCACAGUCUUAAGUCUGUGGAUCUCGUGUCAAUGAAAAAGUUGGAGAACAAGGUCAACAUCAUCCCUGUGAUCGCUAAAUCUGAUACCAUAACAAAGGCUGAGUUACUCAAGUUUAAGGCCCGCGUCAUCUCAGAAAUAAAAGCAAGUGAUAUCCACCUCUACGAAUUUCCCACUGACGAUGAAGUAGUCAGUGAAGUGAAUAAGAGCACAAACUUACUGGUUCCUUUCGCGGUUGUCGGUAGUACAGAGGAGGCAAAGAUAAAUGGACGAACGCUUCGUGUACGCCAGUACCCCUGGGGCUCUGUACAAGUGGAAAAUGAAACCCAUUGUGAUUUUGUGCGUCUCCGUGAAAUGUUGCUCCGCGUUAACAUGGAAGAUCUGCGCGAACGCACACAUGUAGUGCACUACGAAACAUACCGCAAGCAACGCCUAACAGAAAUGGGCUUCCGGGACGACGAGAAAAUUUCGCUGCAGGAGACCUAUGAGAAACGGCGCGAAUUGCAGCGAAAGGAAUUGAAACAGAAGGAAGAAGAAAUGCGACAGAUGUUUGUUCAACGUGUUAAGGAUAAGGAGCAGGUGCUAAAGGAGUCUGAACGCGAGGUUAGUAUUAUUUUUGUUACUUCUCUCCGUGCAUGUUGUUAA